AUGAAGGCUGGUCUUCGUGGAGAUGUUAUAAGAUCACAGGAUUUUCCAAUUGUUGUUCGCUUCAUUAGUAUGAAUGUUCCUGGAUUUGUUUUGGCUUGGAACUUCGUCAAGCAAAACUGGGAUGAGAUCACUCAGAAAUUCCCCCCAGGAUCAUUCCCCAUACAGACCAUUGUCACCAAGACCACUUCACAGUUUGCAACAGAGGUGUAUUUAAAUGAGGUUGUCACGUUCUUCAACUCGAAAAAGAGCGCUAGCAGAGACAUGUGGUGUGUUAAGGAGGCCAUUGAAAGCAUCAAACUGAAUAUUCAGUGGUUUGACAACAACCUGGAGAGCCUCAAGACGUGGUUGUAG